UAAAUUCACCUAAAUUUUAAUUACAAUCACGAUCCUCCUUAAAAACCAGUCGGAUUCGUACCCUUACUGAACAGAACCUCCCUAUUCCCCUCGCUUUCAAUCUUGCCUUGAGCAACUCAUGGAGGGAAUUUCUCUUGAUGUGACUUCCAUCUUUCCCUCUCUGUCCGAUGUCCUUUACCAGGAACUAAGAUCGACCAUUAGCGGAGACACAUACCGGAGAGGUGAUCCUAGUUUUCUAGACUAUUCUCGAAUGUUUAAUGGCGACGUCAAAGUUAACGCCAUGGCUGUUGUAUGUCCCCUCGAUGCUCUAGACGUUAGCCAAGUUAUUUUGUUCUGCAGAAAGCAUUCGAUUUCUGCUUCUGUCAAGGCAGGAGGCUAUGGAACCGCUGGCUGGGCAGUCGGAGGCGACAUCAUCAUCGACCUCUACAAGAUCUCCGACAUCGACAUUGAACCUCCUGCUGCUGAUGGCUCCUUUACCAGCAUUCGAGACAUGCCUGCACUUGGCAGCAAAGGCAAGGUCAAAGCUGGCCCGCCGCUUCUAGAUAGAUCUGAUGCUGCGACUAGCAGUAAGCGGAGAAGGGAAGACGACCACGAGCCGUCUUACGACCUGGCAUCUGCAACUGUCGCAGAUUUUCUUCACCCAGGGGGAUCAUCCGCUCCAUUUGCCGAUCGUCCUCCCGCCACUCGACGGAAGUUGGAAUUCGCAGCUCCCGCGUUGGAGAUCCCACAGAUGUCCACUUAUUCUGCGACGUCGAGCAGUUGUCAGAACCCUAGCACGACGUUGUUAUCCUCCAACUCACUUGGUUCUUCUGUUCCCGUGAUUUCCAACCUCUUGGCUUCUAAUAUCCCAUCCACGGACGGCCCUGCCACUACCGAUGUUGCCCUACCUUCUCCGCUGCCAGAUACUAGUUCAAAGCCGCCCCCAUGUAUAUCCUCAUUGGAUGAUCCCUUUUCCUAUCUAGAUGAUACAUCCAACACCCCUGCACCACCUGUCGCCUCCACUUCUCGGCUUGCCCAGUCCAUGCCCAACGCAUUGUUUGCUACGCCGAGUUUCCUCGAGUCUUCGACUAACAUUCUGACUUAUGCAAUGCCCAUCUACUCUCAUGCCUUCAUGACCUUUGGUGCAGGAAAGAGACAGAAGGAAAUCGAUCAAUUCUCAGCCGCAAACCCUUUAGAAGCGAUGUCACUCGCAGGCGGACGUGGCGUUGUUCCAUAUCACGUCCCAUCUGCGGCUCAUCCCGUUGGUUCAGCAAUCAUGAUCUUGGGAGGCUUUGGAUUCCUGGGCCGUCUUCACGGCUUGAGCAGUGACAAUUUGGUAGAAGCAGAAGUUGUUUUAGCAGAUGGUCAAAUCGUCUUGGUCAACCACAAUGAACACCCAGAUUUAUGGUGGGCACUACGUGGUGCUGGCCCAGCCUUUGGUGUUGUCACACGCUACAAAGCCAGAGCUUAUCCGGUUCCCGUCGUCUUCGCGGGUAAUCUUAUUUAUCGUUUUCACCGUGCAACUGCACCAUCACUAAUCAAGCACUUUCGCGACUGCGUCAAGGGUGCUCCCCGGGAGUUGUAUGCUAAUGUUCUACUUACUGCUGGCCCUGCAGGGCAAGAUUCCCUAGUCGUUAUCCAGAUGUGCUACGUCGGACCCAAGGUGAAGGGCCAGGAGUUCUUACAGGCUAUUUCAUCGUGGGACGGGGAACGGUGUCUUCUCAAUGAGGUCGAUGAGAAGUCCUUUCUUCAUCAACAAGACAGCGUUGCGCAGGUUCUCCGUGGAAAAGCAGGAAACAAGUGGUUCAUACGAUCUGCGCUUAUUAGCUCACUUCCGGAUGACAUCGUGAAUAAGACGGUCCUUCAAUUUGCGGACACGCCUGUUGGCUGCACGUGGUUGUUCGAAUUGGCUGGUGGCGCACUUGUCGAUUUUGAGGAUAACUGUAUACCGAAGGCACAACGCCAGGCUUCCUUUACUGUUGCCGCGUUGCAUCAGUGGGAUAUUGGAUUCCAAGAUCCGCGCUGUGUCCAUUCCGCGGAGGAGUGGAUUGCAGAAACUUUGGCACCGGUGACGCUCGGUGGCCCAUUGCCAAGCUUCUUGGGCAGACAAGAGCCUCCUGGUCGUGUCAUUGCUUGCUAUGGCGAGAACUGGGCUAGGCUGUGCGAGGUGAAAAAGAAGUAUGACCCUGACAACUUCUUCAGGAACUCUUUUUGGCCACUCAAUGCAGAGGGGGAGAUCAUUGAACCCGAAGAGCAUGAGCCUCAGCACAUCGAAUUUUGAGCUAAUGAAGUACUUCUCGUUCUGUUAUUUAGUUAGGGAUUUGGUGUAGUCGUACUACUGGUAGAUUGUUGUAUUUUUGGACACUACGUUUCAGGGGCUUGCGGGCAUGCGGAUACAGUGACUGGGGUUAUAGCUACGUAGCGUUUUGGUUAGACCGAUCUCUCGACACGAUGUUUGGGCGUAUAUUAUAUCACAGCUAUGCUUUGUUCUAGACUGGUGACCAGUCCGUUUAUGAGGCACGAGUCUAGCUUUUUCUCUGGGAAGGACAUUAUCAUUAUGCAAUUUACCUCUCCAUAUUUAAAUCGAUCAGUUUACGAG